CUAGGCUGUGUGAUGAGCAGCUCUCUUCUCAGAGCCAUUACGACUUUGGGCUUCGAGCUUUGAAGAGUGUGCUGGUGAGUGCGGGUAACGUGAAGAGAGAGAGGAUUCAGAAGAUAAAGAGGGAGAAGGAAGAACGAGGCGAAGUAGUGGAUGAAGGAGAGAUUGCAGAAAAUCUACCUGAACAGGAGAUUCUGAUCCAGAGCGUCUGUGAGACGAUGGUGCCAAAGCUGGUGGCGGAAGACAUCCCGCUGCUCUUCAGUCUCCUGUCGGACGUGUUCCCCGGCGUCCAGUACCACCGCGGGGAGAUGACCGCACUGCGGGAGGAGCUGAAGAAAGUGUGUCAGGAGAUGUACCUGACAUAUGGAGACGGGGAAGAAGUUGGCGGAAUGUGGGUUGAAAAGGUACCUGGGAUUGUUCUGUUGGUGGGGUGGCUGCAGCCAUGACAACUGCGGGACGCC